AAACGGAGCCGAAAUUCGAGGGAGUAAAGCAAACUUUUGCCCCGCAAAAUCAACCGCAGAGAUUGCUAAGAGGGGAAAAAAUAAUAGCGAUGCAAAAGAGAACAAACACCAAACAAACAUACAAGUGACAGAAGCAAAAACCCAACCGCGUGGUCACCGUUUUGACUAAUGCACGCGUGCCCAUGAGUAACGCGCGCCUUUGCCAGUAACGUGAAAGUUCUACGCGACGUGACAGAACCCCCGCAGGCUUGCCGCUGGGUUUCGGAAAAGUUUGCUCCCCUACGGAGGCCGAAAACCACCGCCGCAACCCCGUCCUAAGCAUCCCCAUUGUGGAGGGUUGCAAUUUUCUCCACCACAAGGUCGGUCCAGCCUGUGAACAAGCAACAAGCAGCGCAAGUGGAAGUGACGUGGAAGUAGUACGUGGAAGUGCUUAACUCGUGAGAGAGAGAGAGAGUGUGUGUGUGUGUGUGUUUGUGUGCGCGUGCCUGUGUGAUUGUGCGCCGGUGUGUGCCCAUUUUUCGCAAUGAUCGCGGCGCGCCGCCGGGGUUUCUAUUAAUAAAGCUAUGAAGUUAAUGUUACCGUCCGCGAUGGUGGUCGCGAAUAAAAUAAUGCCAGCAGGCGCAACAACGCGCACACGCUAGUGAAGGAGCCGCUGGGAAAGCCGAACGCGGAGAAAGAAAGCAAAGAAGAAGAAAAAGAAGAAUAGGCAAAAAGUGUCACGGUUGCAGAAAUUCUGCGUUCCCCCAUCGCGAGUGCAAGGCCUCCCGUGUGCGUGAAAUUUGGUGGAUUAGUAGGCCGUGAAGCGCCCUCUGCCGGAGCGUGCUGAAUUAGUAAGUGUCAAGCAGUGCGCGGUAGUUCCUGGUGUACGAGCGAAUUUAGGGUGGCUUUUUCAACGGGAACGAGCGAGAGUGAAUUCGUUGGAAUUAGCAAAUACACGUCCGCGUGUCCUUCGGUGUGAGCUCGAGAAAAAGUAAAAAGUACGAGCGCAAAAGAAACAACCUUAAAACCUCAGUAUUGUGCACGGCGGUUACGUAAGCGAGCGCGUUCGAGAAGCAAAAAGAGGCCUGUCCCGGUCUGCAUCGCAAAUUCAAGAGCAGUAAAUCGGGGUGUAUCGGGGUGUCCGGGUGGCGCGAAAGCGCACGUAAAUCUGUCCGCACGUCAUUCGCCGCUUCAUUGGGCCGGUGCGCGAACGAACGUGAGCCAAAUCCACGCGAUCCGCGUACCGCGUGGAAGAUCAAGAACAUCGCCGAAUGCGCCGCACCGGUCGAUAAGUGGCUGUGAGAAACGAACCCCAGCCUGGGUGGGGUGGGCUUUGGAAACAUUCCCACACCCGGCCUGGCCAAGGCCGACGGGGAAAGGCGUGAACGUGUCAAGGUGUCCUCGGGGACGACGAGCCGAGCCGUAGUGCCGCUGCAGCCGUCAGCAUGCCGGCCACGUCGUUCGACCGCGUGCACCGGAAGUCGCAGUUUUACUCGCGUCCCGAGCGCACGCUCUACGGCAGUGCCGAGGAUGUGCGGCCUGGAUCAUGGGACGGUGCCCAGGACAAAGAAGGUGAAGGUCGAGAAAAGGACUCGACCGAAGAUGAACUGAGUGAGGACCUGCCACUGCUGGAGGCUGAGGAGGAUCUACACCUGCAAACGCGGGGCGCGAAUGGUGCGAGAAUAUCUGAGCUGAGGUGGAACUUCCUGGAGGCAUUGAACAAUCUCGGAUCUUGGGCCGUUCCGAGGAGGGAUUUAGAUCAGGAGUUGUUGGUAGAUAACCUGAUCGAGCACGUGGUAGCCCUCCGGACGGGGCAUAUCCAGCAAUACCCGCAAUCGCCGGUGGAUGGGUUGUGUUGUCCUAUCUGCGAAGGAGUCCUGCGAUAUCCGGUGACUGCCACCUGCGGUCAUACGUUUUGCAGGCAGUGCUGUUUCGGACGCAGCCGAUGUACCGUUUGUGGCCAGCGGUUUCCAUCGGUGACGGCCACGUUGACCUCCGCAUUUAUGUCACCGUCUGCAUCGAGCUCGUCCUCAGCGACGGUCACUUCCGCCGGUGAGGUGACAACGGCCGCAUUCACAGGUGCGCUGCCUGCGUUGGCUUCCGGUGAGACUGAUGUCCUUCAGAGUGGUGGACUCGAGCUGGAUAUUCUCAUCCGGCGGCUCGUUGAGCGCUGGUGGGCCCCGGAACUGAAAGCGGCUGACCUGCACGAGGAAGCACAGCGCCAUCUGGAGGCAGAUUCGCUCGACGAAGCGCUACGCUGCUGCAACCAGAGUCUGGAGCACGUGCCGACCAGUGCGAAAGGACUGCAAUUGCGCUCGGAGGUGUUGCACCGGCUGAAGCACUACCAGAGCGCCCUGGCCGAUGCAGACAGUGCCCUAAAGUGUCUCCCGACGUCGCACAAGGCUUACUAUUGCCGGGCGCUGUCCUUGUCAGCACUGGGGAAGUACGAAGACGCGGUCGUGGCACGUUGUAUAUCGAUCUUCCUCGACCGGCAUUCGCAUGGAGUAACGAACGUAGUUAAAACCGAACUAAUGCAAGAUCUGCAACAGCUGCUACUAGGGCCAUCGGAGCUCGUCUUUAUCGAGCCCGCAAUCGUAGAUCAACCAGAAGAUGACGAUCCGCUUGGAUUGAUGCUCGACCAUUCGUACGAUCUGAUAGCUGGCUGCCGUAAACGACGUCAUCGUCACGACCCUUCUCAGAGGCGUAAGGCGAAAAAGCAUUUCCUGACGCUUCGGCAGGACGACUUUGACGAGGACCAUUCCGAGUACGGUGGGGCGGAUUACCUGAGUAGUGGCAUUCUGUUCGACUUCGCCAUAGACGAUCCGUUCGGUGAGGAGUCUCUGCUGGAACCGGCUCGUACGAGGCCACGUCAACAUCGCAGCCAUCACCGGAGGCGCUGGAAAUCUGGCGGCUCGCUAAUGCAAGCCGAUCUCAGUCUCGAGCAACACCUGCGCGAUCAUCACUACCAUCAGGCGCAGGAGCACCAGCAAACGUUGCAGCAGCAGAAGAACCUGGAGCAUCAGCAGCACCACGGCUCAAUCAUUCCGCAGGUUAACCGACGGCUGAAGUCUCUCUUGGAGCGUCUGGAUGGUGAGCUCCAAUCAACCCGCUGGCUGGACACGACGCCAGUUCGAUUAGCUGUAAAUCCGGCCCUAGUUGAGCCGUCCGAUUUUGACUGUGUGUUGUGCUGCCGAACGCUGUGGCGACCAGUGGUGACGCCUUGCGGACACACCUAUUGCUGGGUGUGUCUCGAUCGGUGUAUGGACUACUCGUCCGCUUGUCCACUCUGCAUGGCGCCGUUGGUGGAGCAGUUCCGAAACCGAUUGUCAGCUACCCCAGCGGAACCGACUGGUCCUCCUGGUCCACUAACCGGAGCACCCAACAACCUGAUCUCACUGGCAAAGCGUAAGAUGACGCGCUUUGUCGACCUCGCCAUGCAACGGCUCAUCCCAGAGGCGUACGAACGUCGGCAGCUGCAGGAACAGGAUCGUGAACCAACCGUGCCAGUGUUUAUCUGCACGACUGCGUUCCCAUCCGUACCGUGUCCGCUGUUCGUGUACGAGCAGCGCUACCGGUUGAUGGUUCGCCGGGCGAUCGAGAGCGGCGAACGUAGGUUUGGUAUUGCACUUCCAGCGCAGCCUGGCCGCCAGCGAUACGUCGAGUACGGAACUAUGCUAGACAUCCGGGACUGCGUGCAGCUUGGUGAUGGAUGCUCCAUCCUUUCGACCGUCGGUGGACGUCGGUUUCGAGUGUUGACGCGUCACGAGCGCGAUGGAUAUGAUACGGCCCACGUGGAGUUCUUCGAAGACGAGAAGAUCGGUGGAACUGAAGCCGAUGAACGCGUGCAGUUGGUGCGCGAAUUGCAUGAGAAGGUGCUGCUCAAGGCGACCGAAUGGCACCGAAGCCUUCCAGAGGGCAUCCGGGGUGAGAUCUUCAAGAGCUUUGGUAAGAUGCCGGACCUCGAGGAGAACUGGGAAGACGUGACGGAUGGACCGGCGUGGGCUUGGUGGAUUAUCGCAAUUCUGCCUCUGAACGAUAAGCUCAAGGUCGAUAUCCUUUCGACGACAAGCCUCAAGAAGCGGCUGCGGGCGAUCGACAAGACGCUCAACCUUGAGUCGGUCCAGCAGAAGCGCCAGCGAGCCGUGUGCGUGAUGGCCGCGGCUGGUGCGUCGUCCGCGUGCUGCGAAGGACUAUCAUCGCCGCAACAGUGCCAAGCAGUUGACUGUUGCCUGCGCGAAAGAACUACCUCAAGCGUGCAUAAUCAUCACCCCCAUCACGAUGGCGACAGGCAGAGCGAUACAGCGCAGCACCAUCAGCAUCUGCAUCAUCACCACCAUCACCAUCAUCACCAUCAUCAUCACCAUCAUCACCAUCACCACCAUCUGAGCCCGUCGGCGGACGAGUAUCUGCUGUAG